AUGGCGCGUUUGAACGAAAUACCUGGACCGGCGGAGUCUGUAGAGGCUCUCAAAAGACGUUUCGUGCGUCAGAACCGUGAAAUUGCUCGGGUGAACUCACUCCAGUCACUGCGAAUCCAAGGUCUAGAGGCCGAAUUAUCUCAUCUACUUAAAGAAAACGCCGCUCUCAAGGAACAGGUCAUUUCAUUAACGCACGAUGCCGAAAAGUAUGCCGCCGGUCGAGCUUUCCACAAGGAAAUUCAUCAAUGCAAAGAUAAAUUGGCAGCCAAGGUAUCGGAGUUGAACAAAUUGGUCAGCGACUUGGGUUUGAUCCCUGAGAGCUUUAUGAAAAAGACUGCGCAUCUUGAGGCGGAAAGUGAGACUCAGCGCUCCGCUGAUCCCAACCGGAGACCAUUAACAUGGAACGACAAUGGCGACAGACUACCGACUAUCAUGGAAGACAAAUACUUUCCAAGACGAACGCUCGAUCCUCAGGAACUCGCAGAAUCACAGGACAUAGAUUCCCCUAGCAUAGGGUCGCCCCCAGUUGCACAUUUCGAUAUAAACCAGAGUCCACUCGCAAGAAGACGACACAGCGACUUUCUUGAUACAGACGAGGCUAUUCUGCCAGAAGCGGAAGAUAACGGGCACAAUCCUGCAGAAUCUGUAAGCAACAUAAACGAGGAGCUACCAAUACAGGAGCAGCAAGUCUCGCCAGCCAAGUCUGCAUCACCUCCUGUCCUUUCCGGCUCGAAGCGAAAGUUCAGCGCGACGGAAGACGAGCUCACAUUUUCGCCGCUGCCUGUGACCAACACAAGUACAAUGGACGACGACUUUCAGUUCACGCGUGCAGUCGAAUUACGAACCGAUCGUCCGAGGGUGAUCGUUGAAAUUGUGAAUGAGUCUGUGGUCCAAGAAAAGAAACAGCCCCCAAAGAAGGCACCUGCUGCUAAGCGGAAGGUAUUGGAGCCGAAAACCACAAACAUGGCAUCGUCAACGAAGAAACAGACCAAGGAGACAGCCCAACAGGCUGAAGGCAAGCCAGAGAAAUCGAUGAAUAAACAGGGAGGCGAUGAAAAUUCACGCAGAGCAGAACCAGCGAAGAACGCUUCACAGUUUCGAUCUGAAAACACGAAAAAGCCGAAGCGAGCAGCCACAGCUACCAUAUACGAGGACGAGUCCAUCAAACCGCUAGUCCCAACCAUGCCGAAGCCCCUAGAAAGCGGACAUAUUCAGAAAAAGUCGUUCAAUGCGAAUGAAUCCGCAGUCACAGACUCGAUGCCCCUUCCCGGGCUUGGAUCGCGUCCAUCCAGGCGCGCAAGAGGCGCAGUCAGCUAUGCAGAGCCGAAUCUGCGUGACAAGAUGCGAAGGGCUACGAAUGAACUUGUGGAUGCAGUGAUAAUUGCAGGUGGUCGGCGUACUUCAACCACUGUUACAGGCACACCUGGCCGAGAGCACGAUCACGAAACCGCGACUUUGAAUAACAUCCCCGAAGAGCAUGAAUCGUCUACCGACAGUAUUACUGCGACUAUCACGACACAAGCACUUACUGAGUUACCAAAGCACAUGGUUACAGAGCGAAAACGAAGGACACUGUCUGCAAGCACGAAUGAUAUUAUACGGUUGAAUACUUUAGAGUCUGGAUCAACUUCGAAGCAGACUGGGUCAAUCGACGACUCGAGCGCCAUUUUGAGCCCCUCAGCCGGCAAGAGCGCCUCUAUCGAUAAUACACGCCGACGAUCAGCAAAUCCUACUGCGCAGUCCCGCCGACAUUCCUCCAACCCUUCUGUUUCUGAUCGCGGAAAGACCAGCUUAGACGAUGAGAUAUCAGGGUAUGACAGUGAAUUCCACGACGACAGCUUGGAGGAUUCUCAGUCAAGCAUCAAAGAUAUCGGCACAAUCAAAGCCAAAACAGCACGGACUCUCACGGAAGAGAAUAGCAUUUUGCAAACCAAGCGUGGCCAGCGUAUCUCGACAAGAAGGCGAAGUAUGAUGGUAUAA